AUGUCAGCCUUCAAGGCGCCAACCGACACCAUGAACGGCUACGAGUCCAUGCUCCCUGCUCUGGAGCAGAAGCUCGAGGGCUUCCGGCGCUCUGACAACGAGCGCGAUGCUCUCCUUCAGGAAAUCGUGCGCCAGUAUGAGCAGCUUAAAAUGGCCUUCAACGAAAAGUGCGGCGAUUUCGACAACGAGGUACAGGCGCGUAGAUAUUGGCAGCAGCAGUUUUCCGAGGCCAGUCGAGUCGUUGCUAUGACCCGCCAGCAAGCAGACCAUUCGCCCUUCGUUCUAGCCCUAAUAGACGGCGACGGUGCCGUCUUCACCGAGGCGCUGCUGCGCGCUGGCGCCGACGGCGGUUCAGAUGCCGCGCACAAGCUUCACAGUGAAAUAAGGAACCACAUAUUGGAUGUUUAUGAGGGCUCGGCCGGCAGCUGGGCUAUCAUGGUGCAUAUCUACGCCAACCUGGAAGGCUUAAGCAGGAAAUUAGCCUCGGUGGGCAUCAUCAAAUCGCCCCAGGAGCUGCACAUCUUUUCCCGCGCCUUUAGCUUGCACCAGCCGCUUUUCAAUUUCAUCGAUGUCGGCAGCGGCAAGGAGAGAGCCGACCACAAGAUUAAAGAAAUGAUGCGUGUGUUCAUCUCCAACAUUCAGUGCAAGCACAUUAUUUUUGGCGGAUGCCACGAUAAUGGUUAUCUUCCUAACCUCGACCCUUACAAGCACGACCCCGCCCUUGCCAACCGUAUUUCGCUGCUGGAAACAACGCCGGCGACGGCUGGUUUUAUUUCGCUUAAGUUCAAGACCGUGAACUUCACCUCUGUCUUCAGGUCCGAUGAGCUCCCAGAGUACCGUUUGCCGCCGCCGCCGCCGCCGUCGUCGCAGCCGCUUGUGCCCGUCAAGACCGUUUCUCCCGUGCAGACCGUCGCUUCUCCGCAAUCCGCAGCCUCUCCGAUUAGCAAUGGGCUCCGCAACGGAACGCCUACUACGACGUCGUCUUCGUGGGCUACGGUUGGGAAGUCGGGGAUGACGGGCAAGAGCAUCUCGAUUGCUCCCACUAAGCCAAAGGAGAGGAAGUUUGUUCUCCUCAACGCCUAUGAUCAGCGUAUCGACGAGAAGCUCGCCAAGGUCGAGCGCGGUGCUCUCGAGCGCUUCCACGCAAAGAUCGCAAAGCAGAAGAUGUGCAACGAAUUCCAUUUGAGGGGCGCCUGCACCCUAGGCCCUGCUUGCCCUUACGGCCACGGCGAGAAGCUCAGUCCGGUGGACCGUCUCGCUUUGCAGCACAAAGCCAGGAAUAUCCCGUGCACUUUCCUAGGCGAUUGCCGUGAGGUCACCUGCUAUUAUGGGCACAACUGUCCUUACGAUGAAUGCACCCGUGGUGACAACUGCUACUUCUCCGUGACCCACGACAUGGAUAGGGUGCCCCGGAUGAAGAUGUACGAAGACAACACUAUCGAAAUCCUCAAUUAA